AUGAAUACGCUUUUGAGAAGGCUCGAAAACCUUUGGAAAUUCAAGGGAGAGGCUUAUUCGGAGCCGAUCAAUAUAGACGCGGCUGUCACGUUCACGCGCGCGACGUGCGAGACGUUCCACUGCGAGGUUCAGCUCCUCGAAGCAGACACUUUCCUGCGAGCCACCCCCGAAGACGCCACGACCUCGUGCAGCAUCGAAAUGCCGGUGACAACUGUGUCUGAUCUAGAGCGGGCGGCGAUGAAUUCCCCCUACGAUUAUCGCAAUUAUCGCAAUAGCCGUCAGCGAAGCAAGAGUCGCGACAAUGUGCCGGGCUCCGGUUACUACCAUGAUUCCGGGAUGCGUUACAACUCCAGGACUCGCUCGGUUUCGAGAGGGCGAUCAUCCUCAAGGCGUCGUAGCAACUCGAUGGGCUCGUCGUACAACAAUAAUCAGCACUGGCAGAACCCGAAAAUUGUUCUGUCGAGCUUCACCGACAAACUGAGAGGUGUCUACAACAAGAAAGUGAUGUCUACAGUCGAUUCGUACGUGAAGGACACGGUCGAAAACGCCGUAGAAAUGAACAACAUCAAUUUCCUGAUGAGAUGCGCCGCGCAUCGCAUGAUCCCCUUUGAAUACUGGGUGGACGCCGAUAAGGUGCGCAAGACCCGGGAAGUACUCAGGUUCCUCGAGCAAUGCGCCUCGAGAUUGAUGCUCGAAGACAUCCGCAUGCACAAGAAAGCGACGGACACUCUUUCGCGGUCGAUCGCGAAGUCGAAGGAGUACCUCAAGACUCAGCUUUCCGCUAGGGAUUUCACAAGACUUCUGAAGCUCGUGGACGCGCAUUUCAACGACAUGUUCCAUGUUGUUCGUCAACGUCAACGAGACAACUUCGCUCGCCUGCAAAAGCUCACGAACAAAAACGUUUCCCAUUACGGAAACGGUUCCGGUGACAGCAAGUCGCAGAGUCCAGGGAGCCCCAAAAACGCCGGCCAAGGCCGUCGUUGGAGGAGGGGCGGCCGCCAGGAUAGCGAACGGAAAAGUCGCAGUGGGUCCGACUCGAGCACCGCUCCCGCUUCGGACUAGAUGAAGAAUUGAUUGCAACACCGGAUCCCGGAAGAACUCGAUGAUUUCGGGUCUGCAGCUUCAAUAAAUUUGUCUAAGGAGCAAUCCCCAAA